AUGAGGCUCAGUCAGGAUUAUGUAGAGUGUAAGAGGUUGGCAACACUUUGCAGAAAUGCGCAAACAGAUAGUCGGUUGGCGACACUCCCUGAUGAUCUAUUUUUUAAUGUAUUAUCUCGUCUCCCUGCUAGGACACUUUUUGGAUUAAGAUGUGUGUUUAAGGAAUGGAAUUAUGUUAUGAAUGAUUUUGAUUUUGCUAAACUACAUCUUAAGGUGUCCGGAAAAAGCAAUGAGAACUUGAAUCUUAUCAUUGGUGCGAAAAAUCUUCAUUUUGUUGAUCUGAAUCUGAACAAAGCACUGCAGAUCAAUCAUCCUUUAACAACUCCUGCUGGUUGGACUGAUAUAGUAGGCUCGUGUGAUGGCUUACUCUGCUUAUCUAACGUAAAAAAAGACCUUGCCAUUUGGAAUCCGCUGUCUGGAGCUUAUUAUAACCUACCUAUGAUUGAAGCACAUCCCAAAAGGAUUCAGAUUUUGUCCAAACAGUCAAUUACGGGUUUGGGUAUGAUUCUAUUAGUGAUGACUACAAGGUAG